CUUGAAAUCAUUUAUUCAUGAGAGUAUAUAAACAGUGGACAGCCAGUCAACCAUCUUUAAUUCUACAACUCACAAUCAAACCAACUACUAUAUCUUUAGCUUUAUAGAAAAAUGAAAGUGAGUAUUGUCUGUCAGUUGGUGUGUUUGUCUGUGCUAGGGCUUGUAAGCGCAGAUCAACGGAGCUCGCCAAAGGUUACCCCUGGGAUAACAGAAUGCAGGCCUGCUAGGCGUAGAGGACAGGAAAACUGGGGUUCCUCAGAACUCAAAGAAGCCCGUAUUUAUCUCCAGGAUGGAUCUACAGAGAUGGAGCAAACUGAGGUGGAUGGACGGAAAGUGUUUAACUUGAUCAAAGGAAACAAAUAUUUCUUCAAGAUUAAAUUCAACCCUGAAAGAUUUCCUAAGGGAUUCGGUGCUCUGCCAAAAUAUUUUGGAAUUAAGAUUACUGAGAAUUAUAUCAAAGCUUCAAGCGGAGAACAACAAAUUUUUGAGUCUCUGUUCGGAGUUCCUCUGCUUGGAGUACAAGAGUGCAGCCCCUCCAUGUUUGGGGCAGGACUAAAGGACGCAGAUGGUUGUCAGUGGAUUACAGAAUCCUCUAAGAACAGCUGCCCCAUGAACAAUAACGAGGAUGUAGAUAUUGAAAUGGAAUUUCCUUUCGUUGUUCCCAACUUUCCGAAUACCGCAACUAAUACUUCCUUCAGACUGAUUCCCACUGAGACUACCGUGGAUAAUGGUGGCUGUCCGCUUCUUGGCAAACCCGGAGGAACUGUAACAACCAUUGAUACUGACAUGAUCUGUUUCUCCUACGCUACAGCAGUUGCACCUUAAACAGAGUUGGAAGACGACAUUGAUAUUUAGCAUUUAUGUUUACCACCCAUAAAGAAUUUAAUUUCAGAGACGACAUCUUAUAUCUAUUGAUGAAUUUAUUUCUCAUGUUAAAUAUAACAUUUUGUUUAAUAUAAAAGACCAAAUUUAACCUUGGCAAUAGUUUCUAGAUAUUUGGAGGUCGUCUUUGUAGUUGUGUUUAUUUAUGUGUAAAACUGCAUUAUUUAUGCCAGCACAUUUUGCUUCUUGUUAAUUGGAUAGAAUUAUUGACAUAAAUUAUAAUGUUUUAUCAAAAUCUUUAACUUGUUUUUGGUAUAAUCAGGAAAUAAAUUCUUUUUUUUCAAAA